AUGGAAUUGUCGAAGUUGGUGGGGGGCCUGGGGGCAAUUGCUGGCAUCAAUGAGAUUGCUAGUUUCUAUCAAUUGGUGAAAAGUACGAUCACAUCCCGGUGGAGCAGCGACAGGAAGAAGCAGCUCCAAGGCAUGGCAUUGGACUUAGAGAGUGGUUUAAGACGUCUCAAAGAUAUUACUCUGCCUGACAUGUAUAACCUGAUUGCCCGAGCUGAAUGGAAGAUCCACCAAGAGGACGUGGCUAAGCUUCUUCGACAACUCCAGGAUGCUGAGGACCUGCUUGACAAGUUCAGAUGGUAUGAACUGAAGGUGGCCAUAGAGGGAAAUGCAAACCAGUCUGCUCAUGUUGAAUUCCUUGACCAUGAGAUCCCACAGGACUCUAGCAAAGUGAAGGAUAUUCAGGAAAAGCUGGAUAAUAUUUCAGGCCAGAUGGAGAGAAUGGGUCUGCGUGAAGCCACCCAGCGUUUUGAUGAAUCUGUCCGGCCAGAGACCAGCUCUUUUCCAACUGAGACGACACUCUUUGGUCGUGAAGGGGUUUACGAGCAGGAAGAUGGACAGUUUUGGAAGAAGUUUUGUGCACCUUUGACAAAUCCUCUAGAGGGAAGUAUGAUGUUAGUUACCACUAGAUCUCCAAAGGUUGCUUGUGCAGUGAAAACAAUGGAACCCAUUACGUUAGAGGGAUUGAAUAAAAAUGACUUAUGGAAAUUCUUUAAACACUGCACGUUUGGAUCUGAGAGUUCUAAUAAUUAUCCAGAGUUAGAGGACAUUGGAAGACAAAUAGUCCUAAAGUUGAAGGGUUCACCUUUAGCUGCCAAAACACUAGGACGCUUGUUGAGAACGAGCCUUAAAACUACACAUUGGAAUGAUAUACUACAGAGUGAACUAUGGCAACUGGAACAAAAUAACACUGACAUUUUGCCAGCUCUUCGGUUGAGUUACUUGUAUUUACCAUCCCACUUGAAGAGGUGCUUCUCAUUCUGUGGUGUUUACCCAAAAGAUCACAAAUUUGACAAGAACAAUUUAGCUAAAAUUUGGAUUGCACAAGGCUUUGUGGAACCAGAAGGUACCGAAUCAAUCCUGGAUGGCUAUCAGUACUUUGAAGACCUUGUAAAUAGGUCUUUCUUUCAGAAAGUUGAUGGGAAAUUUGUAAUCCAUGAUUUGCUGCAUGAUAUGGCACAACUAGUUUCAAAACAUGACUGCUUUAUCUUAAAAGAUGUCAGUGACUUCGAAAGAGUUCCUCAAAGCGUUCGUCAUCUCUCAAUACUCUCUAGCACAGACUUUGACUUGACCAACCUGCUAAGCAUAUGUAAGCACAAACAGUUGCGAACUCUGCUAUGCUUCAGGUCAUUACGGAAGAAAACUUUAGCUUCUGUAAUGGACCAAUGGUGUAAUGACCUUGAGCAUAUGCGAGUAUUUUUUUGUGCAUACACAAAGGAGAUACCGAAGAGCAUUGGCAAAUCAAAGCAUCUUAGGUACCUUGAAAUCUCGGGAGCUUGUCCUUUCAAAAGUCUUCCUUCAGAAUUCUGUUCCCUCUACAAAUUGCAGUAUUUUUCAGCUAGGAAGUGCAAGCUAGAAAGCCUGCCCAGUGACUUCAGUAAGUUAAGAAAUUUACGGAGAUUUGAAUCAUGGGGAUUUAAGUGUUCUCCGAAGGGCCCGCAGUGUUUUAAUGCAUCCAGUGGGAAUGGAAAAGGAAUUAGAUUGAUGAAGAAUGCCAACCAAAUUUGUGGACAUUUGAAAAUCAAUAAUCUUGGUGCAAUAAGCACAGAAGAUGCAAGAGAAGGUGAACUAAAGAAUAAGGAACAUCUCAGCGAGCUUACGCUGGAAUGGUCAAGGCUACCACAAGAGCAAGGUGAGGUAGGAACUCCUGUAGAAAUUCUUCAAGCUCUUCAGCCUCCCGAAAGUGUCAAAUCCCUGAUUCUCCGAAGCUAUCCAGGUGAAUCUCUUCCAUACUGCUUUGAGCCACAUGACUUACCCAACUCAUCAUCCCGUGACUUUAAUAGACGUAGUGACAGUGUACAUGAGAGCACAGACCUAAAGGAUAUAUCAAGAGCUCUAGCUGAGCACGACAAUGGCUGGGCUCUCAAAAGGCUCACCUUGUAUAACUGUGGGGAUUUCGGAGACAAUAUUAAUUGCUGCUCCCUCACCUACUUGAGAUAUUCCAAUGGCCGUAAUCAUCAAUCAGCAGUAGCAGUAGCGGUGACAGCAGCAGCACUAUAA